UUGCAAAGAUGGUUGUUACCUUUUUUUUCUGAUUCUUAUCCUUCUCUUCUCUGUGUUCUUCCCGCGCAUCUCCUGUAGCCCUCGGCAGCAAUCUCCAUUCACCCCCUUGCUGCGUGCGCGCAUUAGACCAUGGUCGUGGAUGAAAAACCACCCGUGGACAACGGCGAGCUCACGCCGGAGCCCUCCCAGUAUGGGGCUGUCAAUGAGCGCAAGCUCAUGGCCAAGAUCGAUUGGCAUGUGGUACCGUGUCUGUGUGUGAUGUAUCUCCUCGCCUUUUUGGAUCGAGUGAACAUCAGUAAUGCCGCGAUCUUGGGUCUUGAAAGCGACCUCCACCUUACCCAGGGCACGAAAUACAACACCGCCCUGACCAUCUUCUUCGUCCCCUAUAUCAUCUUCGAGAUUCCAUCGAAUGUGUUGAUGAAGAAGCUCAAGCCGCACACAUGGCUAUCGCUCUGUAUGUUCGGAUUCGGCCUGGUCAUGGUCUGCCAGGGUUUCGUUCAGAAUUGGGGAGGAUUGAUGGCAACGCGGUGGUUUCUGGGCAUGUUUGAGACAGGAUUGUUCCCUGGAUGCUUCUAUCUCCUGGGAAUGUGGUAUAAGCGCAGCGAGGCGCAGAAGCGCUUCAGCUUCUUCUUCAGCUCGACAACCCUGGCUGGUGCCUUUGGUGGGUUGCUGGCGAGUGGACUCGGCAAGAUGGACGGAGUGCGUGGUCUGGCUGGAUGGCGCUGGGUGUUUAUCAUCGAGGGGAUCAUAACGUGCCUGGUCGCGAUGGGCUGCUUCUUUGUCGUGCCGGACUUCCCGGAGGAUGUCAAGUGGCUCACGCACGAGGAGCGGGACUUCCUCCGGGACAAGUUGGCGCAGGAUGCCGGCAAGUCUGCGGUCGAUGUCCAGGUGGGCUGGCGCGAUAUCCUGGCGGUGUUCAAGGAUUACAAAAUCUUCAUCGGCGGUUGGAUGUACUUUGGACAGGUGGUGACAGCCUAUGGUUACGCCUACUUUGCUCCGACCAUCAUCAAGACCUUUGGUUAUGGAGCCAUCAAAACGCAAUUCUACUCCAUCCCCCCGUGGGCCGCCGCCUUUGGCUUCUCCAUGAUCAUCGCCUACCUGUCCGAUCGCUUCCGCCACCGCUUCCUCUUCACCCUGAUCCCCAUGCUGGUGGCCAUGGCCGGCUUCGGCAUCCUGAUCAACAUCCACAACACAGCGCAACACCACGUCCAAUACGGCGCCCUGUUUCUGGUCACCUGCGGCUGUUACAGCGCGAUGCCCGUCUUGGUAUGCUGGUUCGCCAUGAAUCUCGGGGGUCAUCGUCGCCGCAGCGUCGGAACCGCCUGGCAGAUCGGUUUUGGCAACAUCGGCGGCAUCAUCUCCACCUACUCCUUCCUCUCCAAAGACGCCCCCUUCUACCGUAACGGCUACAUCAUCGGCGUCUCUUUCCUGGCGUUCUCGGCGGCCAUGUCCUGCCUCUACUUCCUGGCUAUCUGGCAUGAUAACCGCAAACGCGACCGGGCGAUCGCCGACGGGACGGUGGAUCUGAAUGCUAUCACGGAGGAAGAGGAGGAGUAUAUGGGUGAUAUGGCGCCCUCGUAUCGGUAUGCUUACUAGUGCAGCAUGAGAACCAUGAGGGGUAAUGAUCUGGGGCGCACUGUGUGGGGAGGUUGACUAUUGUAUCUGCAUUAAUUAUAAUUGGGGGAGGAUGGAACGAAUCCGGCCGACGUCGGAGUAUAUGAAUCAUGACUCCUGCGUACAUUAACUGUUUGGGGGUAAGCGGCGGAGAUGGCCGAUGGAGUUGUGCGCAUACUAUCAUUAUGCGGGAUGAUGACUGAGCAAUGUAGCUUAUGCACAGCUGUAAUGAUGGGUUAAUGUGCCGUUGAUGCAACACCAGCUCAUUGAUGAGAGUACAGAUUUGAUGCAUGUUGAGCAUAGCGAAGUGAGGGGAGAGUUGAACUAUAGGCUUUGAUUGAGCCAAUGGCUGGCAGACUGGCCUUGACUUCGAUUCACG